CUGGACUGGUGACAAUUAAUCCCAGCAAUCUCUACACCCAGUGUAGGCCCCAGAUCAAGAGUUGCUCACUCCAUCCACUGAGCCAGCGAGGUACCCCCCCCAUGUUUUGGCUGGUCUCUGAGACAAAGACCUUAAAGUCUGUUCUUCUUGGUGAUUCCCUCAGGAGUUGGCUGGCCUGUAAGAAGAAAAUCAUGGGGUCCAUUGAACUCUCAGAAGAAAAGACUUACACGCAACCCAGAAAAUCCUCAUUACCGUCCUGGAAGCUCACAGCCAGGGAGAUUCUGGCCACCAAGACCCAAAACUACUUUGCUCAGACAAAACGAUCCAAGAACGUCUUGAUGCAGAUGGCCUUCUCCAUUGGGCUGGGCAGUGUAUGGCGCUUCCCCUACCUGUGUCAUCGGAAUGGAGGAGGCAACUUUAUCCUGAUGUACUUCUUCAUGCUCUGCUUGUUCGGGAUUCCCCUCUUGUACAUGGAGAUGAUCAUGGGGCAUUGGCUGCGUGUGGACAACAUCCGGGUCUGGAAGCAGCUCGUCCCCUGGCUGGGCGGCAUAGGAUACGCUAGCAUAUUGGUGUGCAUCUUGAUAAGCUUGUAUCACAGUGUCAUCAUCACAUGGAGCAUUUCCUACCUGGGCAACUCCUUCGAUAACUCCCUGCCCUGGAACCAGUGCCCACCGGUGAAGACCAUCAAUGUCACCGACCUCUCUUGCCUCCGGACCGUGUCCCACCAGUACUUCUGGUACCACAGCACCCUGAGUGCCUCAGGCCAUAUUGAGGAAGGGGUCGAGGCCCUCGUCCUGCAGCUCACCCUGGGCAUCUUUGCAGCCUGGUGCAUCCUCUUCUUAAUCAUGAUCACAGGGCUAAAGACUUCAGUGCUGAUCCUGGUUUUCACGGUGUUCCUUCCCUGCAUCAUCCUCCUCUGCUUCCUCAUCCAAAGUCUCUUCUUGGAGGGUGCCAUUGCCAGCCUCAGACAUAUGGUGGCCACAGAGCUCUCAGCCUGGGCCUCGCUGGACCUGUGGCGUCAGGCCGGAGGCCAUGUGCUCUAUUCCUUGGGCCUCGGCAUGGGCACCACCAUCAACUUCUCCUCCUACAAGGCUGGAGAAGACAACUAUAUCCAGGUGGCCUCCUUGAUGGCCCUGGUCAAUCUGGGGACCUCAUUGCUGGUCACAUCCAUCAUCUUUAUUGUGCUGGGGUUCUGGGCCACCACCAGUGGCCCCACCUGUGUUGAAAAGAGCGUCUCAAAGCUGAUGAAACUGAUAAAAAGGGGCGUCCUGCCUCAGGAUGCCAAGCCCCCGGAGGACAUCCUGCUCCUGCCCCCCCUGGACUACCUGGAGUGGGUCAGCCACCUCCCUCAGCACCUCCAGAACCAGAUCAUCCGCUUCUCCCCUUCCUGCAGCAUCAAGGCGCAGAAGGGAAAGUUCAUGGAGGGCCCCGGCCUGGCAUUCGCAGCCUUCUCCCAAGCCGUCUCCUUGUUCCCUGGUGCCUCUUUCUGGGCCAUCCUCUUCUUCUUGAUCCUGGUCAUCACAGGGCUAAACACCUUGAUAAGGAUCUUGGAAAGCAUUACUUAUCCCCUCCAGAACUCCAUCUCCAUCUUCAGGAGGUAUCCCAAGCUGCUAUCAGUGUUUGUCUGCUUGGGAGGUUUUCUGGGCAGCCUGAUCUUCACCAGUCACGCUGGCAGCUACGUAAUGUCCUUGUUUGAUGAUUGCCUGGUCCCGCUCACCCUCAUCAUCAUUGUGGCCUUCCAGAAUAUGGCCCUGGCCUGGAUCUAUGGAGCUAGGAGGGUCAGGGAAGAAAUAUUCGGUGAUCUGGGCCGACUGCUGUGGUCCUUCCUCACUGUCCUGUGGUGCUAUGUGACCCUGCCUGGGCUGCUGGCCCUGACCACCAUCAGCCUCAUGCAGCUCUACCAGACAGAACCCCCCUACUACAUUGCCUGGAACAGCAGUAUGAGCCAGGAGGUGAAACAGCCCUACCUGCAAGGCACCCUGAGCUGGGUCACCUUCCUCAGCGUCCUCGCCUUCCUGCCAAUCCCCAUCUACCCGCUUCAACACUGGUGGUACCUCCAGGACCACAUUGCUUCUGACCCCUUUGAAAAGCUACAGUCCAAAAAGAUGCCUUUGGUGCCCCCCAAGCCCUGGCCUAAGCACGGCAUGAAGUCCCAGGAGGGAAACAAAGACAGCUCCUCCAAGAGGCGCAGCCUGUCCUUGACUAGGGGGCUGAACCUGAACUCGUGGCGGCGGUUCAGCUUGCCCUUGAGCAGCCAGAGCUCUUCCUGGUUCAGCCUGCCUAUCAUGAACUCGCUGUCCACACUCUCCACGAGGAGUUUCAGCCUUCCGGUCUCAAGGCAGGUGAGCCCGGCCUUAACACCCAUAGACAACAGUGACCAGCACGUGAAGACCAAAGACGAAAACCAGCAGGGGAACUCUGUUCCGUAACUGGUGACGCCACCCCUCUUUCCAAGGCAGCGAAUCUGUCCAACACGUGACGGCAUGAGCGCCCAUUUUACUACAGAAAUAAUGGGUUCUGCCGGAAAGGAGGGGGAGGGGUACAUGGGAAUCGUGCCCAUCAACCACUCAUUUGGCCUUGGGAAGAAAUGGACAACUCAGGAGCUCUUUCCUCUCCUGGAAUAAUACCAGUUCUGCUAAGUGGAACAUUCUGCUCUGAGGUCAAAGAAUUCAGACCAAGAAGUCAACUCAGCCAUUCGCAGAGCUGGACCUAGUUCCUCCUUUCUCCCUGUGAGUGGGGAGUACCGUGUUGGCACAAUGGGGAUGGGCUUCAUGGCACUGGCCAGGACCCAGCCUUUCCAGUUAUCAUGGAGAUAGACAGUGUUCCCUCCAAACCCCAAACUCCACCGCCAAACUGGAUCUCGGGGUGGGGAGGCUGAUUUCUCCAGGGCUACCCUCUCAGAGUGGGCUGGGAUAAUAAUGCUAAGUCAAUAAAUUGAUCCGCUGAGACCCCAUGCACAGGCUGUGGCACCGUUUUCUUUCUGUCAGCCUCCUCCUGCCCAUAUACCCUCCAAAUCAGCAACCUCUAGUGAACUGAGAAUCCGGUCUGGUGACUCCAAUCUCCUUCUCCCUUUGGGACACAGUUUAUGGAGUUUCUGUGUUCUUCCUUGUUCUGGAGUUGAGACGAGCCUUUGGGGAACUUUGCAGCAAUCUGUCUUACUCAAUCCAGAAAGUGUGUUAACCCUUAAAUCUAACGUGGUUCGGGGACCAUACUACUGAAUGUGUCCCAUCGUUAUCAUCUCACUUCUCCUGCCAAGAGGGGAGCAUGCCUGGAGCUGCAUCAGUGUAAUGGCUUCUACAACCCAAUCUGGAGAGCCCCGAAAAGGUCACCGGCAGAAGCUCGCAGGCCCUUCGCGUGUCUGAGACUCACACCUCCUGGCGUCCUGCCUCCACCUUACUCUCCAGGGACGCUGGGUCUGGGAUGACGUGGCUCCGGAAACCAGCUGCAGGGAGAGGGCCUGUUCUCCCCUCCCUCACCUCUGCGUCACUUCCCCUCUCAGAGGCAGGACGGGCCGCCAUGAACCAGGUUAACCACUUGGCCCCUGGGGCUACGGUGCUGGCAUGUGACCUCCAUUCCCCAAUCUGAGGUGCUUCCACAAGCCUGGAGAGGAAAACGAGGACAUUUGAAGCGACCUCUGUGUUGCGGGGAGGUUGGUUGUCUUGGCGGAUGUGGAGUGGAAGCCUCUGGACCCCCUGCAAUGAGGUCUCGAGGCAUGCGUGAGGGCUUUUGUUGUUACCCUUGGCCGGGAUGGCCGUUCCAUUGGCUUAGGUAAGCCGCUCGGUAGCCGGCAAGUAGCUGCGGCUUACACCGGAGUCAGCAGACUUUCCUGUAAGGGGCCAGAUGGUACUCUUGGCUUUGCAGGACACAGGGUCUCUAUUGUAUAUUCUUUGUUAUUUGUUUUUUAUAACUCUUUAAAGAUGUACAAGUCAUUCUUAGCUCAAGGGCCAGAGGAUCUUACAGGCUAUGGUUUGCCAACACCUGGUCUGGGGCCACGUCAGGCCAACAAGAAAAUGCCGGUGGCUAAGGCAGAAUUCAGUUUGGACUCCCUAGUCGGCCGACAUCGGGCAAGGCUGCCACCCAGGCAGUCCAGCAGAAAGAGGGGUGACCCAAGAAUUGCCAGGGGCCUGAAUCCUUAAUUUUCAAAAUAAGUCUUUACAAUUCCCUGCUCCCUUCGGCCUCAGUCUAAUGACGAGAUGAAGCUGCUCUGGAAACACCCAGACUCACUGACCAAAACUCCUGCCCAAGGUGUGUGGACUGGGACAUGAGAAAGGUUGUCAGAAAUAGUCAGAAAUGUAUUCUGAGUGGAUUUUUGAGGACCUGACAGUCGAUAAUACCAGAUGCAUGUGGAGAGUAGGGAAAAUAGAAAGUCCCUAAACGUCAGUCUGUCUUCCAGGGUUGGAGUUGGGACUGGGUGGUGGCCGCAGCCCAGUGGAUACAAGCAGCCUUUAACUUUGCCCCAACAGCGAACUAGGCCAUCGUUUAGGGGAACCUUUGUAAAUGGAGGCCCCCUGGAGCCGGUGGCGGGGACAGUUCCUUCUGGUAGGCUCCUGCCGCUUUCAAUUCCAAAACGGAUUAACACAAGGACCAGGGUAGCUCUGCUCUCGAAUCUUCCAUUUACAUUUAACCAUUUCAGACCGUACUGGUUGUCAAGUUCAGGUUGACGGACCCUAAAAUGAAGAUGUAAGGCUAGAGAUUUAAGAGACCUCCACGUGUCGAGCCGCCUCUAUCUGAGAGCUGAAGAGGAAAUCAACGCUGCCUUUCCUCGAAAGCGGCGUUCGCGGCGGUUGUGUCGGCAGGUGGCGCUGUGGUACUGGGAACUGGCCUCCCUGGGUCCUGAGGCGGCCGUGAAGUCAG